AUGUUGGGCCCUGCAGCAGAUGCAGCUGUUUACGUGCAGCUGGCUCCAGCAUUAAUGGGCACGUGCUCACCCAUCCCCCACCACCCGCAGAUCAGCGCCACCAGCCCCAACAGGUUCCGCUACUACCAGAACGUCUGCACCCAGAGCUACUCCUUCGUGUGGUGGGACUGGCCUCGCUGGGAGAGAGAGAUCGACUGGAUGGCGCUGCACGGCAUCAACCUGGCCCUGGCGUUCACUGGGCAGGAAGCAGUUUGGCAGCGGGUGUAUCUGUCCUUGGGCCUGAACCAGUCGGAAAUAGACGAGUACGUCACCGGCCCCGCCUUCCUCGCCUGGAACCGCAUGGGAAAUCUGCACACCUGGGACGGGCCGUUGCCUCUCUCCUGGAACCUAAAGCAGCUGUACUUGCAGUACAAGAUCCUGGAGAGGAUGCGAUCGUUGGGGAUGAUCCCGGUGCUGCCGGCCUUCGCGGGGCACGUCCCCAAAGGCCUCUUGAGGGUUUUCCCCCGAAUAAACGCCACCCAGCUCAGGAGCUGGAGCAGCUUUAACUGCACCUACUCGUGCGCCUACCUGCUGGACCCCGGGGACCCCAUGUUCCAAGUGAUCGGGGCCGUCUUCCUGAAGGAGCUGAUCCGAGAGUUCGGCACGGAUCACGUCUACGGCGCGGAUACCUUCAACGAGAUGAGCCCCCGGUCCUCCGACCCAGCCUACCUCUCCGGGAUCAGCGCUGCCGUCUUCAAAUCCAUGACGGGAGGUAGGACCCCAGUGGGAAACCAGGCUCCUCCUCACGCAGGGGUGGGGAACCGACGGCCCGGGAGCCAGAUCCGGCCCUUGGGGCUCCCCCAGCAUCAGGGAGCCGGUGCUCCAGCCCUGAGGCAUCCCCAGCCCACUCCUGCCUCCGACCUCCAGCGCUGCUCCUGCACCCUAUUGCCUGCCCAGACCCGCCCGCUUCCCAGCAGCCCCCUCCCACACACUGACCCCCUCAUUUUGGCCCCACUUCAGAGCCUAGGGGGACCCACAAAAUCUACAAGCCCGGGUCCCCCCAGGCUCCGGUGUGCGAGGGGAAUGUGGGGAGUGUGUCUGCUGCUCAGUCGGGAGACCCGUCAGAGCCAGCCUGACUUCUGGCAGCCGGCCCAGGUGCGGGCCCUGCUGCGGGGCGUGCCCCUCGGCCGGAUGCUGGUGCUGGAUCUCUUUGCGGAGACCCAGCCCGUGUACCAGCGGACGGAGUCCUUCUUCGGGCAGCCCUUCAUCUGGUGCAUGCUGCACAACUUUGGCGGCAACCACGGCCUCUUCGGCACGGUGGAGAGCGUCAACCAGGGCCCCUUCGACGCCCGGCGCUUCCCCAACUCCACCAUGGUGGGCACCGGCCUGACCCCGGAGGGCAUUGAGCAGAACGACAUGGUCUACGAGCUGAUGAGCGAGCUGGGCUGGCGCCAGGCGCCGGUGGACCUCCGGCAGUGGGUGGCCGACUACGCCACGCGGCGCUACGGCGCCAGGAACGCAGGGGCCGCCCAGGCCUGGCAGCUGCUGCUCCGCAGCGCCUACAACUGCUCGGGACUGUGCGUCGACCACAACCACAGCCCGCUGGUGCGCCGGCCGUCCCUGCACAUGGCCCCGCAGCUGUGGUACAACCAGAGCGACGUCUACGAGGCCUGGCGCCUGCUGCUGGGCGCGGCUGGCGAGCUGGGCGCCAGCCCCACCUACCGCUACGACCUGGUGGACGUCACCCGGCAGGCCGCGCAGCAGCUGGUGAGCGACUACUACCUGGAGAUCCAGCGGGCCUUCCAGAAGGGCGCGCUGCCGGAGCUGCUGACCGCCGGCGGGGUGCUGAUCUACGACCUGCUGCCGGAGCUGGACAGCCUGCUGGCCAGCGACGGCCACUUCCUGCUGGGCCGCUGGCUGGAGCAGGCGCGCGCCACGGCCGCCAGCGCCAAGGAGGCCGAGCUGUACGACCGCGACGCCCGCAACCAGGUGACGCUGUGGGGGCCCAACGGCAACAUCUUGGACUACGCCAACAAGCAGCUGGGGGGGCUGGUGCUGGACUAUUAUAGGGUGCGCUGGAGCCUCUUUGUCUCGGCGCUAGUGGAGAGCCUGACCUCCGGCAUCCCCUUCCACCAGGAGAAGUUCAACCAGGCCGUCUUCCAGGUGGAACGGGGCUUCAUCUACAACGGCAAGCGCUAUCCCACCCAGCCGGCCGGCGACACGCUGGAGAUCGUCAGGCGGAUUUUCCUCAAAUAUUAUCCCCAGGCCAUGCGGCGCGGCCAGGCGGGGGCUGCAUGAGGGGGGAGAGUCGGGGGGGGGA